ACCUUCCGGCCUGGGCCGCCGCUGCUGCGGAAAGCUGGGUUCUGGCUCUCUGAGUCGAUUGUGACCAUGGCUGCUGAAUCCGAUGUUCUGCACUUCCAGUUUGAACAGCAAGGAGAUGUAGUCUUGCAGAAAAUGAAUCUCUUGAGACAGCAGAAUUUAUUUUGUGAUGUGUCAAUUUAUAUUAAUGACACCGAGUUCCAGGGGCACAAGGUGAUUUUAGCUGCUUGCUCUACUUUCAUGAGAGAUCAGUUUUUACUCACACAGUCAAAACAUGUCAGAAUCACCAUCUUGCAGAGUGCAGAAGUUGGCAGAAAACUGUUGCUCUCUUGCUAUACUGGAGCACUUGAAGUUAAAAGGAAAGAGCUUUUGAAAUACUUGACAGCUGCUAGUUACCUGCAGAUGGUUCACAUUGUGGAAAAGUGCACAGAAGCUUUGUCAAAGUAUCUGGAAAUUGAUCUUUCUAUGAAAAAUAACAAUCAACAUACUGACCUGUGUCAAUCCUCUGAUCCAGAUGUUAAGAAUGAAGAAGAAAAUUCAGAUAAAGACUGUGAGAUAAUUGAAAUUUCAGAAGAUAGUCCUAUAAAUAUAGAUUUUCACGUAAAAGAAGAGGAAAGCAAUGUUUUGCAGUCUACAGUAGAGUUGACAUCAGAGAGAAAGGAAAUGAAGUCACCAGAGCUGUCUUCAGUAGAUAUUGGUUUUAAAGAUAAUGAAAUUUGUAUCCUCCAUGUGGAAUCUAUUAGUACUGCUGGUGUAGAAAAUGGGCAGUUUUCACAGCCUUGUACCUCUUCAAAAGCAAGCAUGUAUUUCUCUGAAACACAACAUUCACUGAUCAAUUCUACAGUUGAGAGCAGAGUGGCAGAAGUUCCUGGGAACCAAGAUCAGAGCUUAUUUUGUGAGAAUACUGAAGGAAAUCAUGGUACAGUGAAUGAGAUUCAGAAUCUGGAGGAUGCUUAUUCACUGAGGCACCAGUGCCCCAGGUGUCCUCGAGGAUUUCUUCAUGUUGAAAACUACCUGCGCCACCUUAAGAUGCAUAAGCUGUUCUUGUGCUUACAGUGCGGGAAAACAUUUACGCAAAAGAAAAAUCUCAACCGGCAUAUUCGAGGGCACAUGGGCAUACGGCCCUUUCAGUGUACUGUGUGCUUGAAGACAUUUACUGCUAAAAGCACACUUCAGGACCACUUGAACAUACACAGUGGAGAUCGCCCAUACAAAUGCCACUGUUGUGACAUGGAUUUCAAGCACAAAUCUGCCCUCAAAAAGCAUUUAACCUCUGUCCAUGGCAGAAGCAGUAGUGAAAAACUACCCAGGCAUGAUCUCAAAAGGCAAAAUCUACUAUAAUUAGAACCACACCUUGUUACGUAAGCCUUAUAUAAUUCUGUUAGGCAAGUUUUUCUACAGAAAUGCAGCAUCUGUUAUAUUGCAUCCCCCCCCCCCCCAUCUUUGGGUCUUAAUUUUGGUCUGCCUACACAUGUUAUUCUUUCUGAACUUCUACUAACAGUUCCAAAGUGUGGGAGACAUGAUAAAGCUAAUGGGAUGCUGCCUUAUCUCAUAGUAUAUGUAAGUCCCAGUGGUAUAUCUAGAGAAAUAAUGUUCCUCUUUUAAAUAUUCUUGAUUCUAGUGACAGAGGAUCCAGCAGUAUUUCUAGAUUCUGAUUUUGACUCUCUAGAUAAAUAAUGUAAAUGUAAAAUCCCAACCACAU